AUGCACGACUGUGAGCACAGCCCCAUGCACGACUGUGCUUGCACCCAUGUGCACACCCGCGAGCACAGCUGCAUGCACGACUGUGCUUGCACCCAUACUGGCAAGCACAACCUUGUGCACGACUGUGCUUGCACCCACACGCGCGCCUGUGAGCACAGCCCCAUGCACGACUGUGCUUGCACCCAUGUGCACACCUGCGAGCACAACCGCAUGCACGACUGUGAGCACAACCACGUGCAUGCCCAUGAGAACAACCGCAUGCACGACUGUGAGCAGACCCAUGUGCAUGACUGUGAGCACAACCACGUGCACGCCUGUGAGCAGAACCAUGUGCGUGCCCAUGAGAACAACCGCAUGCACGACUGUGCUUGCACCCAUGUGCACACCUGCGAGCACAACCGCAUGCACGCCUGUGAGCAGAACCAUGUGCGUGCCCAUGAGAACAACCGCAUGCACGACUGUGAGCAGAACCACGUGCAUGACUGUGAGCACAACCACGUGCACGACUGUGAGCAGACCCACGUGCACGCCUGUGAGCACAACCACGUGCACGCCUGUGCUUGCACCCACGUGCACGCCUGUGAGCACAACCGCGUGCACGACUGUGAGCAGACCCACGUGCACGCCUGUGAGCACAACCACAUGCACGCCUGUGAGCACAACCACAUGCACGCCUGUUCUUGCACCCACGUGCACGCCUGUGAGCACAACCGCGUGCACGACCGUGAGCAGACCCACAUGCACACCCGCGAGCACAGCCACGUGCACGCCUGUGCUUGCACCCACGUGCACGACCACGAGCACCCCCGCGCGCCCGCCUGUGCUUGGCCCCCCCCGGGCGCUGGCGGGCGCUGA